UUCCCCUUCACCAUUUUUUGCCGCGGCGUUUUUUCUUUCCCUCUCCCCGAAAUUUUUUGCCACCGUAUUCCGCCCCUUUACCUUCUCGAUCCAAGCCCUAAACCCAUCGCCCCUUCUUUGCCCGGCCUCCUCCCUUCUGCCGCCCACUUCCACUGCUCCGUUUAAUUUCUUCAGAAAUUCUUUCACAGCUCACCGCCACCCCAUUACCAUCUUUGCUUGUUCUGUGGGUGCACAGGAGUUGUGAAACAGAGAGCAGGGGGAGUGAGGCAUAGAAGGGGUAGAAGAACGAUGCUGGGUGGAAUUCUAGGUGGGAAAUUCUUCAACAAAUGCAAGCACUCGGCGAAGAACAUAAGGGCGAGGAUCGGGCCGAUACGAAGUAAGAAACAGGCCACGGUGCGGUGGCUCAAAAAGGGCGUCGUCGACCUCAUCGCCGCCGGCCACGAAGCGAACGCGUACGAAAGGGAUGGAGUAACUUCUUUGGGAGUCCUUUUGAGGAUGUGUGUUCCAUAAAUAUACAGAGGUUCAGAUCUAGCAGAAUCAUAAACCAAAGCUCUCUUGCUCAACUUUUGCUGUCCUUUUUCGACAAGUUUUCAUAUAUUAGAACUUCUGGUUCAGAUUAUAGCAUCUCGAAUAUGAAGGACGACAAAAAAGCCAUCGUUUUUGUAGAUCGCUACCCCUGAUUAUAGAGGAUCCUUUCAAGCGAAUGGAAAAUGCUACUAGAACAGUCCGCUGGGUUGAACUACCUAAGAUAUCAAAUGCAUUUCAGAAUGCGCACAAUAAGCUUUCGUCUGAUUCGGUGCUCUCUGAUCGUGACUCUUUGCUCUCUCUUUUGGCUAGGCCUUUCCUUGCUUCUAAGUUUUGUGAGCAGCAAUCGUCAACACAUUGCAUCUGAAAGAUAACAUUUUCUUUAAUGCAACAACGUGACUUGUUCAUUCGACUAUGUGGUUCCAGAAAUCGAGCGGAUCGAAGAAAUACUUGCAAUGUCGAAUGGAAAGAUAUAUAACAAGUAGCUUUAUUGAAGAAACUACAGUGCUAAAGAGGGACAUUAUUGCAGUCAUUCAAAAGUUCAAUAUCCAAGUUAGCAAGUUGACUCAAGAUGUCCUUGGAAAGUCUAGUUCAACUGUUUAUGCCAUUGCAUUGUUAGCCUCUGGACAGAGCUCUGCAAUAACUGGUACAUACGCUGGGCAAUACAUCAUACAGAGUUUUCUAAACAUGAAGAUGAAAAAAUGGCUGAGGAAUCUCAUGACUCGAUCAAUCGCAAUCACUCCAAGUCUCAUCGUGUCCAUCAUCAGUGGUUCCGCAGGAGUCGGACGGCUCAUCAUAAUCUCAUCGAUGGUACUAUCAUUUGAGUUGCCAUUUGCACUCUUAUCUCUUCUCAAAUUCAGCAGCAGUCAAACAAAAAUGGGACCUCAUAAAAGUUCAAUAUAUAUCAUUGUGGUGUCAUGGAUUCUUGGUUUUCUUCGGGUAGCAAUCAACAUCUACUUCUUAAGCACCAGCUUUGUCAGUUGGCUCAUUGAUAGCAGCCUACCAGCAGUUGCUAACGUUCUCAUCAGCAUCAUUGUUUUCCCUCUCAUGGCAGUGUACAUUCUUGCUGUGAUCUACUUAACCUUCAGGAAGGAGACUGAAGUAACAUUCGUCGACCCAUUGAAUUCUUCACAUGUUAACAUAGAGAGUGGUGGUUCAUUUCAAGUUGAUGGAAUGAGUAGAUCUGAAGUUGCACCCGUCAGAGAGGAUCGUGCAGAUAUUCCCCUCCCUGAUUAGAUAAUUAAGGUUCUAAUUACUUAGAUGUUGGUACUGUGUCCUUCACAAGUUAGUUCUUCUUCGGCAUCAACUUCAUAUUGUUCAUUAAUUGUAAAUAGAGUUUAUUUGUUUAUUUGUACUGGGAUAAAUUUUAUUUGAACAUGAGAUAUGUUUCUUCUUUUGUAA